CAUCGGAGGGAGGUGUCUCAAAAUUGUGUUGCAACUUCUCUCUCCAGGGGACAGCGCAGUUUGAGGAAACCAGCACCAGUGAAGUUUUCAGUGACUCUAAGCAGUGCCAUCUGUGCUUGUUAUCUUUCAAAAUACUUCUUUUUCCUCUGCCCUUCAGGAGAUUAUCAUAUCCUGCAGUUCAGUCUCUGGAGCUUUGUUGAUUUAUCUUCCUCCUCAAGCAAAGUAAGCAGUGAUUCCUGCAUUUCUGAAGAAGACCUCAGGAUCCGGACUCCUGGAGAUUUUCAGCAAGGCUCAGCCACACCUGAAGAGAUGGGGAGUGAGUAUAAGAGAAUUAUUCUGCUGAAAGGAUUACAGCCCAUAGACAACUACCAGUUUAGCAUGGUUAAAUCCCUACUGGCCUGUGAUUUGAGACUGACUACAAAAAUGCAAGAAGAAUAUAACAAGGUCAAGAUUGCUGACCUAAUGGAAAAGAAGUUCCGGGGGCCUCUCUGUGUGGACAAGCUAAUAGAUCUAUUCAAGGACAUGGAAGGACUUGGAGACAUUGUUAAAACUCUUAAAAAUGAGAAGAAAAAAGUUAUGAGGCAAUGCAGAGUAAAAGGAAAAGUGCCCAUGAAGACAAGAAAGCAGGAUGCCUCCAGUACUGACGAAUCCACAUCUACCAUGAAUGAAGAUUUGGUAUCAGUCCAUGACAUACCCAUGUCCAAGAAAAAGAAAAUCAAAACCAUACAGAAUGAUGAAUCCAAGAGGACCCAGCCAACCCAGGGACAGAGUCAGCUUCCAGGAUCUUCUGUAACCAGUACACAGUCAACAUGCAGCAACCCUCAGACUCCUCAGAUGCCUCCACCAACCCCAGGCAGCAGUUCUUCAACCAAGAAAAAGAAAAUCAAAACCAUACAGAAUGAUGAAUCCAAGAGGACCCAGACAACCCAAGAACAGAGUCAGCUUCCAGGACCUUCUGUAAUCAGAACACAGUCAACGUGCAGCAACCCUCAGACUCCUCAGAUGCCUCCACCAACCCCAGGCAGCAGUUCCUCAACCAAGAAAAAGAAAAUCAAAACCAUACAAAAUGAUGAAUCCAAGAGGACCCAGCCAACCCAGGGACAGACUCAGCUUCCAGGACCUUCUGUAACCAGUACACAGUCAACGUGCAGCAACCCUCAGACUCCUCAGAUGCCUCCACCAACCCCAGGCAGCAGUUCCUCAACCAAGAAAAAGAAAAUCAAAACCAUACAAAAUGAUGAAUCCAAGAGGACCCAGCCAACCCAGGGACAGACACAGCUUCCAGGACCUUCUGUAACCAGUACACAGUCAACGUGCAGCAACCCUCAGACUCCUCAGAUGCCUCCACCAACCCCAGGCAGCAGUUCCUCAACCAAGAAACCAAGAUUGAAGGCUGUACCUAGAGAAGCUUCCAUGGAAGAGGGUUUCCAGAAGGGCCCCAAGGAAGUGAUGGUGCUGAAAGCAACAGAACCAUUUGCAUAUGAUCUCAUGGAAGCAGAGAGAAAGAUGUUCCAUGCCACUGUGGCUACUGAGAGCCAAUUCUUCCAAGUGAAGGUUUUUCAUGUCAGCCUGAAGGAGAAGUUCAUCCCAAAGAAAGUCAUCGCCAUAUCAGAUUACUAUGGUCGCAAUGGGUUCCUGGAGGUGUAUGAUGCCACUUGUGUGUCUGAUGUCAAUGCUGACCGAAAGAUGGAAAUCUCGAGCAGACUGAUCCAAAAUGCAAAUGCAACUCCUAAAAUCAAUAAUCUUUACUCACAGGAGCCAGGAACAUUUGUGAGUGGGAUAUAUCAGGUGCAUAAGAAAAAAGUGUUGAAUGAACACAUCAUUUUGUAUGAAAUACAAGAUAAUACAGGGAAGAUGGAGGUCUUGGUGUAUGGACGACUUACCAAAGUCAACUGUGAGGAAGGUGAUAAACUCAAACUCAUCUGCUUUGAACUAAGUGCGGAUCCGAGACAGCUGAGAUCUGUAAUUCACAGUUUCAUCAAGGUCAUCAAGUCCAGGAAAAACAAGAAACAACCACUUAAUCCUGAUUCACAUAUGGAAAACCUCACUAUAACAUCCUUCUAAAAACCUGGAUGCCAUUAACAAUGAUGUCUGUGGAGGUAAAAUCUAAUUAUAGAAAAAAAAAUACAGGGCGCCUGGGUGGCUCAGUUGGUUAAGCGACUGCCUUCAGCUCAGGUCAUGAUUCUGGAGUCCCUGGAUCGAGUCCCGCAUCGGGCUCCCUGCUCAGCGGGGAGUCUGCUUCUCCCUCUGACCCUCCCCCCUCUCAUGUGCUCUCUCUCAUUCUCUCUCUCUCAAAUAAAUAAAUAAAAUCUUAAAAAAAAAAAUACAUAUAUAUGAGACAAAUUCAGUGAUAGAUAUACCAGCUAUUGCUGCUAGGGAAUAGAGUGCUAAUGGGUACUUUUUAUUUCCUUUUCUAUACUUUUCUAUGCCAUCCUAUGGCCAUAUUUUGCAUGUAUAAUUUUUAUAAUUUGGAAAAAAUAAUAAACUUUU